CCUCCUCGCCCCCUCCCUGCCUCCGCUCUCCUCCGCUGGUCGCCAUGGUGCAGAUGAUGGAGUCGCAGUGCGAGUACUUCAUGUACUUCCCCGCGGUGCCCAUCAGCGACCUGUCGGACCCGGCGCGGUACCGCGCGCUGCCGCGCCGCAGUCACCUGUACCUGGGGGAGACGGUGCGCUUCCUGCUGGUGCUGCGCUGCCGCGACGGGGGGGGCACGCCGAGCGAGCCCGGCCCCGCAGGCGGCGCCGACGGCCCGGCCGCCGUCUUCGGGACGGAGUCGGCCAGCGGCCGGGCCUGGCGGGAGCUGGCGGGUUCGCUGUGCGCCGUGGCCAGCGUGAGCCCGGGGGACAGCGCUCGCCACCGAGGCCACCAUCACCACAACUACCAGGGCGGCGGGGACGAGGCCCGCGAGGACGGCGAGGACGACUACAUGGCGGCGGCCGAGGCGGCCAUCGCGGCGCUGGGCAGCCGGGUGGACUCACGCUGCCGCAGCUUCAGGGACUGCAAGCCGCUGCUCAUACACAACUCGUCUGGCACGGCGGCGAGGGAAUUUCGCAGGGCGCCUGUUCAGUCUCCACUGGACGAACCGGUGGUGCUGACCGAUGAGGUCAUCUUCCCUCUCACCGUCUCCCUGGACAAACUCCCCGUCAGCACCCUGAAGGUCAAGGUGAUGGUGACCGUGUGGAAGAAAGAGGCGGAGAAAGGGGAGGUGCAGGAGCUCGGCUACCUGAGCGUCCUGCAGCAACGAGAGCCGACACACACCUUCAGACACGACCUGAACACCUUCAAAGCUCAGGUGAGCACCACGCUGACCGUCCUGCCCCCCCCCACCCUGCGCUGUAAGCAGAUGACCGUCUCCGGGAGACACCUCGUCGUCCUCAAAGGUUACUGUCCUUUAACAUCUGAGUGUACUAGUAUACUACAUGUGAGAUGUGUACUAGUAUACUACAUGUGAGAUGUGUACUAGUAUACUACAUGUGAGAGAUGUACUAGUAUACUACAUGUGAGAUAUAUACUAGUAUACUACAUGUGAGAUGUGUACUAGUAUACUACAUGUGAGAUAUGUACUAGUAUACUACAUGUGAGAUGUGUACUAGUAUACUACAUGUGAGAUGUGUACUAGUAUACUACAUGUGAGAGAUGUACUAGUAUACUACAUGUGAGAGAUGUACUAGUAUACUACAUGUGAGAUAUAUACUAGUAUACUACAUGUGAGAUAUAUACUAGUAUACUACAUGUGAGAGAUGUACUAGUAUACUACAUGUGAGAUAUGUAGUAGUAUACUACAUGUGAGAUAUAUACUAGUAUACUA